AUGUUGGAUACUUUUGAGAUUCUCACCACAUCGGGCGUGGUCUUAUGGUCCAAGACUUAUUCCGCAAUAAGCCCUGCUAUUAUCAACAGCCUGAUCACCAAUGUCUUCAUCGAAGAGCGGACUCUCACACAUCCUGGAUCUGGGGUCGCGGACGAUGUAUCUGCUGCCAAUAACCCUCCCUAUAAAUACGAUCAACAUACUGUGAAGUGGACAGCUGUGAAGGAAUUAGGUAUUAUCUUUGUCGCUGUCUACCGAUCACUCCUCCACCUCUCUUGGAUUGACAAACUCGUUGACAAUAUUAAAACCCUCUUUGUGGAUUUAUAUGGAGACCAAUUAAAGAAGCCACAUACUACCGUUGUCGAGUGCCAUUUUGACGAAUAUUUUGACCAACAAGUACGAGAGCUAGAGAAGACUGCACUUAAUCAAGAUACCCGGGCCCCCCAAUCUACGAACUCACUCCAAGAAUCUUCUAUUUCUGGCGCUGGAGAUGCUCGUGAUGAGCCGCCCCCGUUGCCGGGAUUAUUAUCGAAAGGUGGUCCAAAGUACAACAAGGACUCAACCUCGAACGAGUCGACUCCUAUUGCCACGCCAGAUACAUCACGCCCAAGUACACCUGCAAGCCAUUUGCUAGUUGGUAAAGGAGGACCUGGAGGAAAAGGGUCGAGACGAGCGCGCAAAGCUGCAAUUGCAUCAACAUACGCUUCCUCUGGGGACGAGUCACACUCGAGAAGGACUAGAGCAGCGAAGUCAGCAGGGCCAAAGAAGGGAAGAAAAUGGGAUGCAGACGGUUUGGCGGAUGAGGACAGUGAUACUCCGCUCGAUUACUCUGCUCCUGCGAAUGGCGCGACCUCGGGGGAAGACGAAGGACAAACUCUUCCUGGGUCUGUGGAACAGGUUGAUCAGGAGUCGUGGGGUUCAAAGACUGGCAAAGGACAGUUUGUUUUAAAGGAUCUAGAUGAUCAAGUCAACUCUAUACUAGCGUCAGCAGACGCCAAGAAGGGACAGACGACUGCCGCUUCAAGUGGUAUAGUUGGGUCAAGCAUUAGUGCGAUUGGAGGGCUGUUUAGAAAUGUCGUAGGAGGCAAGACUUUGACAAAAGAAGACCUCGACAAGGCUAUGAAAGGAAUGGAGGACCACCUUUUGCGAAAAAACGUUGCGCGCGAAGCGGCUGUUCGAUUAUGCGAGGGCGUCGAGCGGGAGUUAAUUGGAGUUAAGACUGGGAAUUUCGAGAGUGUACAGGCAAGGAUCCAGACUGCAAUGGAGUCGUCCUUACGGAAAAUCCUCACGCCAACCUCCUCUCUGGAUCUUCUUCGAGAGAUUGACGCAGUCACCUCACCAUCGUCACUCUCUCUACAAAAGCGACGACCAUAUGUUAUUUCCAUCGUGGGUGUUAAUGGUGUUGGGAAGUCAACGAACCUCUCCAAGAUUUGUUUUUUCCUUCUCCAAAACAAGUAUAAAGUCCUUGUUGUAGCUUGCGACACCUUCAGAUCUGGCGCAGUCGAGCAACUGGCUGUUCAUGUCCGCAAUCUAAAGGAACUAACUGUUCGAGAAGGUGGAAAAGUUGAGCUAUACCAGAAGGGGUACGGAAAGGAUGCAGCCAAUGUUGCGAAAGACGCAGUUACAUUUGCGGCACAAGAAGGAUUCGAUGUCGUUCUUAUUGAUACAGCUGGUCGGCGGCACAAUGAUCAACGUCUUAUGUCCUCUCUUGAGAAGUUUGCCAAAUUCGCCCAGCCAGAUAAGAUUCUCAUGGUUGGCGAGGCAUUGGUGGGUACCGAUUCGGUUGCCCAAGCCCGAAAUUUCAAUGUUGCAUUUGGAUCAGGCCGCUCGCUCGAUGGCUUCAUUAUCUCCAAAUGUGAUACUGUGGGGGAUAUGGUAGGGACAUUGGUCAGCAUGGUCCAUGCAACGAAUGUGCCGGUGCUCUUCGUGGGCGUAGGCCAACAUUAUAGUGAUCUCAGGAACUUAUCUGUCAAAUGGGCGGUGGAAAAGUUACUAAGUAGUAAUUAA